AUGGCUCGCCUUUGCGAGGAGUGCAAAGAGGAGGUGGAAAGCGGAGCGGCUCUCCGAAUCCACUAUAAAGAGCAGCGGGAGCUAGGCAACAAACAUUACCAUUGCCAGCCUUGCCUCAGGCUCUUCCACACCCCGGAGGGCGAGGAGAGCCAUCGCCACGAGUUCCACGCGGCCGCGCAGCACCUCCGUUGCCCCGGUUGCGACGACCGAUUCACCUCUGUCAGCUCCCUCAUUGAGCACAUUGAGAAGGACUUGUGCAAGGUCAUCAAGAACCACGACUAUGUCGCCCGUCGCGAGCACAAGCUGGCCUUUUCCAGGGAGCUGGAGCUCCGCAACACCGUUCCUACCGAGAUGCUCGCUAGUCUUUCGCUGAAGGGUAUCAACACGUCUAAUCUCCGCCUCGACAAUAAGAAGCACUAUGAUUACACGCCGUACCUUUCCCGAGUUAAGGCCGUUAGCGCCAGCAAUUCCAAGAAUGGCGCGUCUGUAGCCGGUGGCGAUGCCAGCGUCAAGCCAGUUAACCAGACCGCUACGGCUUGGGACCAGAAGAAGAAUCUCUUUCCCGACGCCCCUGCUCCGGUCCGCCUGACCGAGAUAGAGGAUCGCCAGCGCUUGGAGGACAACAAGCCCGCGUGGUCGGAGCAUGAUCCACGCAAUCCGGGAUGGAAGGCAGAGAAAUACUUUGUCAAGUGCCUGAACAAGUACAAAUGCCCGCACGACCGCUGCCCCAAGUCAUUCAAGAACGCAGCCGGCUUCCGCACCCACCUCAGCUCGGCAGUCCACACCGGCCUAAUCAGAGUCCAAUGCCCCCGCUGCUGCCGCUGGUUCGACACCAUGACGGCGCUGACGGCGCACGUCGAGUCCCAGGGCAUCCGCUGCGACAUCCAUAAGACCAAGGGCUACGCCGAGUUCCUCGACCAGGCCACGGCCGGCAUCGUCGACCUGGCCGGCGUGCACGCAGACGGCACCAACAAGUACGCUGUUACCGAGUCGUCUCGCAAGUUCUUUGGUUCGGAGAAGGGCUCGCAGAAUAGCGGGGACAACUGGGAUAACUGGGAAGAGGAGGUGUGGGAUAAUGAGUGGCGCUAG